AUGGAGAUGAGCACUGUGUCUUUAUCUCCCACCUCACCCACAGAAGGAGAUAAUCUCUGUGAGACUGAUGUGACCAACGUGGCCAGUUGUGACACCAACCUAGACAGUGUGACACUGCUCAUCUGCACCUGUGGGCUGGCUGGGAACCGAGCUGUCAUCAGCCUCCUUAACAUUGGCUUCACCACUGACUUCAUCUUCAAUCUGGCUGUUGCCAUCUUCCUCUUUCUCCUCCUCAUGCUCCCAUCCACAUUGCUCCUCCUUGUAGACGAUGUGUCCUGCUCUGCUACUUCUUCAAGUGGAGCUUUAAAAAAUCACUUCCUUUGCAGAAAACAAAAAAACAAACAAAAACCAAACAAAAAAGUCCCACAACCAAACCAAUGGAACGUGGGGCUGUACCAUGUGGUGUUCAUGAACAUGAUACGGUUAUUGCCUUCCCUGUGCCAGUUUCAUGAACAGCACUGCCAGGGCACGUGUUUUUCAGAGAAGGGCAAGCCCAAAAAGCUCCACAUUGUUAUCUUCAUCUCUCUCCACAUCAUUCUCCCCCUCAGCCUCUGGAAUAUCCUGCAGCAGCUCAGCUACACCAUUCUGCCUUCCCAGGCUGAUUUCCUGCUUGCCCGCAUCAACCCUUUCAUCUACUUCUUGGUAGAGACAUGCUGGAAGAACUGCUCCAUGGGGUUGCUCAGGGAAUCUCUCCAGAGGGUCUUUGGGGAGCCAGAAGAAAACGCUGCUCGCAACAAUGAAGCCACCAGGGACACGGCAGUCUGA